GCUGAGUUCCAGCGAGCGCUGGAAACCCAGCGACCGCUGGGUUCCAGCGAGCCGCUGACCACCGGACGAGCAGCAGCAACUCCAGGCCGUCGAUCUCAGGCAGCUCCAGAGAGAUGGGGAUACUGUUUGAUGAUGCUGUGGUAAUUCGGCAGUCCGAGAAAGAAGAAGAGCCCAGUGUUAUUACCGUAAAUUGUCCCGACAAGACCGACCUGGGUUCUGAUCUUUGCCGCAUAAUUCUCUUCUUUGGCCUCACUCUUGUCAGAACUAAUGUAUCUACGGAUGGAAAAUGGUGCUACAUAGUGUUCUGGGUAGUGGGAAGAGCGAAUACGCGGUGGAGUUUGCUGAAGAAGAGACUGAUGGAGGCAUGUCCCUCCUCUUCCUUGGCUUCUGGAAUUCUCUUUUAUACCGACUCACGACCUCCUAAGCCUCCUGAUGUCUUCCUCUUGAAGUUCUGUUGCCACGACCGAAGAGGCCUUUUGCAUGAUGUCACGGAGGUUCUUUGCGAGCUCGAGCUGACAAUUAAAAGAGUAAAGGUUUCGACAACUCCAGAUGGGAAAGCUUUUCCCCUUUUUUUAUCUCUCUGCAACCUUUCUUCAGUAAGUUUGAUUGAACGAUUGCUGAGUUCCAGCGCUCGCUGGCUUCUUGGCUGCGGGCGCUGGAACUCAGUGCUCGCUUAAAACUUCAUGGAUUUCAAUUCUCGUGGUUCUUGGCCAGAUUUCGUCGUAUGUAUUUUUAAGAUGAAAUCCAUGAAAGUCAUUCCGGAUUU